AUGGCGACAUCACGCCCAACUACCUCCGAUAAUCACGGCCCUUUUGGCCUCGAGUCUCCUUUGGAGUCUCCUGGGCCAGCUUCGGGCACGGAAACUCCAUUCACCUGGGGCAUUGAGACUCCAGGUCUUCCGUCGGGCGCCAUCACCCCACAUCCUCUGCUGGGCCGCAAGGAGACGCAAGAGAUUGACCACCACGCCCUCGCGGCGGCCCUGAAUGAGUCGCGGGCUUACGAACAGCACGAGCUUCAGCAGAUUGCCACCAACACUGCCGGAGAGCAGAUUCUAGAAUUAGGUCGAGUCCGCAGCCACGCGGGGCGCGAGGCCAAUAUCGGCCUACAACCAGGCACGGGACUCGACAGGCAAGGUGUCCCGCCCGAGCUCAAGAACCUCUUUGCCGAGGCCAUCUUUGUUCUCGUCAACACGGCCGGGCAGGUCAUUUUCAGUCUGACCCUGGGCCAUGUCAUGGUCACGCAGUCGCAGUUCCGCGACGCCCUCGACAUUGCCGCCUCCCAGGUCCCGUGGUUGGUUGGCUCGUCGCUGCUGGCCAGUGGCCUGUCCGUCAUCAUCUCGGGCUCCUUUGCCGACCUGGCACCGCCAAAGCCACUCAUGGUGGGCGCUUUUGUGUGGCAGGCCCUCUGGAACGCCGUCGCGGCUGCGGCGAUCAAGCCUCAGCUCAAGGUUCUCUUCUUUGUUGCCCGCGCAAUGGGUGGCUUGUCGGUUGGUGUCUUGGUUUCGGCGUCGAUGAGUAUCUUGGGUCGUGUCUAUAACCCAGGUAUUCGCAAGACGCAAGUUUUCAGCUUGAUGGCUGCUGGAGCACCGCUGGGCUUUUGGAUCGGUUGCAUCCAGGGAGGCGCCUUGGCCUCACAUUUACCGUGGAUCUUUGGCAGCACUUCCUUAUUCCUCGGCCUCUGCGCGGUCGCUGCCCAGUUCACGAUUCCUGCGCUUAAGCCAGCCAAGGAUGCUGCUGAUGCCGACGCUCCAACCAUGCGAGAAUUCGACUAUCUCGGGGCUGUGCUGGCGUCCAUGGGCUGCGGCCUUCUUCUAUUCGGUCUCACGCAAGGCAGCUCGGCCAAGUGGAAUCCGUACACUUACAGUCUCAUUAUUGCUGGUGUGCUCAUGUUUGUCGCCUUUUACCUAGUCGAGAGCAGAGUCCGGAGGCCUUUGAUUCCCAAUGCGCUUUGGAAAACUCCUGGAUUCGCUGCAUUGAUGGUUGCCUACUUCCUCGGUUUUGGCGGAUUUAAUGGCGCGUGGCAAUUUUAUGCUAUACAGUUCUGGCAGAAAUACCAGUACGUGUCACCACUUACAACGGCGCUAUAUUUUCUUCCCAACGCCAUUGUGGGCGUUCUAGCCACAUUUAUCGUAUCCAAAACCUUGCACGUGCUGCCGGGCCACUGGAUCUUGUCUGCGUCCAUGGUAGCGUUUGCUCUAGGCCCAGCCUUCUUCCUCCCACAGACGCCCUCGACGACAUACUGGGCAUUGAGCAUGCCGGGCGUGGCACUGGCGACGCUGGGGCCCGACAUGAGUUUUGCGGCAGCCGCCAUUUUCAUUACGAGCUCAGUUCCCCGUAGCUACCAAGGCUCGGCCGGCAGUCUGCUAGUCACGGUGCAGAACCUGAGCAGUGCCAUCUUUACGAGCAUCAGCGAUAGUAUCGGCGUCCGCGUCGACGAGCUCCCCGACGGAUCGAUUGGUCUCGAGGGCAUGCGCGCCAUUUGGUGGUUCGGCUUUGCCAGCGCCAUGACUGGAGCCCUCAUCACCACGACGCUUGUGAGGAUCCCCAAGGCUGAGGAAAAAGAACAUGUGCAGUAG